CAAAUUCUUAUUUUUAUUUUACAUUUUGUUGAUAAUUAAACAAUAAUUUACAAUAGGUUAAGUAAUUGUAGAUUUAUAGAUAAGCUAUUAACGGUAUUUUUUAAGAUGAUAUCAAGAAAAGGUCAGAAAGCUAUUAACGAAGGGGUAGUGGGGAAAUAUGUGAAGAAAGAUACACCGCCUGAUCUACCAAUAAUAAAUGUCUGGACAACGGGAAAUAAUAGGAGACCUCGAAGCCAACCAUUUGCGGCUAGCGAUGGAGGAUCUCAAGCGAUGGAAAACAAGUUCGGUAAAGCUCAAACUAUGAGUGGUCAUGCUGGAAAGUACACGCCUAGUGAAUCAGUACCAAACUUAGCACAUAGAUUUGCAAGUUUAUCAACCAGUGAUGCAGCUAGUUCAUCCAGCAAUUAUAAUUCCCAGUAUCAUUUGGAUUUAAAUAUGGCAUCUCAUUCAACUCUAAAUGAAGUAGAUGAUUCAUUUAGCCGUCAGCCGAGCUAUAGGUAUUAUAGGCAACAACAACCUGAGGAUCCUAUUUAUCAAAAUCAACAACAGGUUCAACAGCAGAAACAACAGCAGUACAGCUCCCGGGAGUCCAGCAUGCCGCGGAUCUCUUCCAAUCUGAGUAUAACACCAAGACUGCAUCCUCCAUCGCCACAUUCUAUACAUCUACAUACUUGUACUGACUCAUACACAACAGUAAGUCAAUCAUCACCAAUAUAUUCCAACUAUGUGAAUGCAUCUGCACUUCCUUAUCACACCAAAGGUCCGGGCAGCAGCAUUAUCUCUAGUAGUCAAGGUUCAGAGGAAUGUGAGCUGCCAUUGCCGCCCGGCUGGUCCGCGGACAGAACAUUACGCGGCCGGCGGUACUACAUGGACCACAAUACACAGACCACACACUGGACGCACCCUCUGGAGAGUGUUCCGCAGCCCUGGCAGAGAGUUUCUACACCACAUCAUGGAGUAUAUUAUUUUAAUGAAAUAACUCAUCAAACAACAUAUGCGCAUCCUUGUCUUGUCGGUGGUUGUUACUUAGUUAGCCCACUCGUUCCUACUCUGGUGCCACCUUAUCUACUUGAAGAGAUACCUCAUUGGCUCAUUGUUUAUUCUAAAGCGGAUCAAGAGUUAGACCACAAGUUGCGUUGGAACAUGUUCCGAUUGAGCGAGCUGGACUGCUACUCGGACAUGCUGACACGCCUCUACAAGCAGGAGCUGCAGCUCAUUGUGAUGAAAUACGAGAGAUAUAGAUCUGCUUUACUACAAGAAUUAGAGCGAAGAAGACGCGCCAUCACUUACCACACACAUCCCAACUAUUGAGCUUAUUUUUUUGCCUUAUAAAGCUGUGAUUCUAAUCAUAAGUGAUUAUGUGUAAUGUGAUUUUACUUAGAAAUGUAAGUGCCUUAUAUGUUUAAAAAAAUGUAUUUAUUAUUAGCAAUUGAUGGAAUUAUACAUGUUCAAAAUAUUUAAAUGAAUUAUAUUGGUAUUUUUAUAUUGUCAACUUCAAUUUUUAAUCAAUCCUUUAGCCUUUAUUGGUGUUUCCUGUUUGUAAAUAACUUUUGCAGCAUAUCAGGGAGUCUUAGGGUGUGGUUAUACUGUCCAUUUCAUUUAAUUUUUAUUGUAAUUUAUCAUCAUAAUGAGGAAUAUUGUAGAAUAUAUAAUAAUUGGCAAAUAAUUAUUGUUAAAACUUUAAUAACAUUUAUUUAUUAAAAAUUGAAUGUGUUUGUUAUGCACACAAUCUUUAAACUGUUGAUUGUGGGACAAAAAUAGUUUUCUUAAGCUAAAAUAUAUUUACAAUGCAAAUGUAAUAUUUACUUUAAUAAAAUUAUGUUUAAUCUUCUAAUUCUUCACCAUC